GGUAGCCAACCUAACUAUACUCAAAACCUUAUGACAAAAGAUAAAUACUAUUUGAGAUGUGAAGUCCCUUAUUUGACUGAGAAAUAACACCAACCCAUCUCUGAAAGGAUUUUUCCAUUCUUGUAUAAAGUUGUUCCAAAACAAGUAUAACUACAAUUCUUUCCUUUGUUUUACAGAACCAACCAUACCUGCAGAAAAGAUGAAAAACCUUUCACUUGCCAACAAAACUUCUAAACUUUCAAAUAAAACACUAGUUUUUGAUUUUGAAGGCACUCUUCUAAGAUCCACUUCACUCUUCCCUUACUUCAUGCUAGUAUCCUUUGAAGCUGGUGGAAUACUAAGAUCUAUCAUUUUGUUUCUUUCAUACCCUUUGGUAUGGUUAGUUGGUGAGUAUCAACUAGGUUUGAAGAUUAUGGUUUUCUUAACCUUUUUUGGCAUAAGAAAAGACAAGUUAAGGGUAGGAAUGGCUGUUCUUCCAAAGUUCUACUUAGAAGAUGUUGGUUGGGAAGGAUUUGAAGCUGUGAUGUGUUGUGAGAGAAAAGUUGCAUCUAGUAAGUUACCAAGAAUCAUGGUUGAAGGUUUCUUGAAAGACUAUUUAGGUGUUGAAGCUAUUGUAGCAAGAGACAUAAAGUCAUACAAUGGUUACUUUUUGGGUUUGUUUGAGAAACAUAAAACAACUACUUCCUAUGAUGUUAAAGCAACAAGUAAAGAGAAUAGUAUUGGUAUUAUUGGUAGCCAUAUUGAGUAUAUUGACCAGAAACUUUUCCCUCAUUACAAGAAAGUUUGCUUUAUGUUAAGUUCUGAUGAAAGGAGAAAUUGGCGUGCAUUACCAAAAAAGUUGUUUCCUAAGCCAUUGAUCUUCCAUGAUGGAAGAUUGGCUUUCAUGCCAACUAUAACAUCUUCACUAGUCAUGUUCAUGUGGUUACCACUUGGACUAUUUCUUUCAAUUUUCAGAAUGACAUUUGGAGUUUCAUUACCUUUUAAUGCAUCAUCUCCAAUAUUAGCAUUUACAGGGGCAACAAGCACAAUUUCAAGACCUAAAACCUCGACCGAAAACGAAAAAAAUCAAAAGAAUAUGCUUUAUGUGUGUAACCAUAGAACUUUGCUUGAUCCACUUUAUAUAUCACACACUAUAAACAAACCACUCUCAGCAGUCACAUAUAGCAUGAGCAUAGUCAAUGAGAUUAUUUCCCCCAUUAAAACAACGCGAUUAACACGCGACCGAGUAAGAGACAGGGAUUCGAUGGAGAAAAUGCUUUGUGAAGGAAACCUUGUGGUAUGUCCAGAAGGAACAACUUGUAGAGAACCUUACUUGCUAAGGUUUAGUCCUUUGUUUGCUGAGCUAACUGAUGAUAUUGUUCCUGUUGCUGUUGAUGUUAAGGUUAGUAUGUUUUAUGGAACAACAGCUAGUGGGUAUAAAUGUUUGGAUCCUGUUUUUCAUUACAUGAAUCCAAAUCCUGUUUACUUUGUUAAAAUACUUGAGAGGAUACCAACAUCACAAACAUGUCAAAAAGGUGGAAAAUCUGCUGUUGAAGUUGCCAAUUUUGUGCAAAAUGAAAUUGGAAAGAGUUUGGGAUUUGGUUGCACCAAUUUGACAAGGAAAGACAAAUAUAUGAUCUUGGCAGGUAAUGAAGGUGUGAGUAGCAAUAACAAACAAUCCUUGUCAUAAUAACUGCAAGUUACCUACAAGUUAAUUUGUGUGUCACAUUCACAUCUCAACUUCCUAUUUCUAUCUUAGUUUUAAUUAAAGUAAUGAAUAUUACCUAGUGGGUCAGUAUCUUGGUGAAGAAUUUUUAUUUUUGUUUUAUUUUUAUGCUUUUAUAUACAAAAAAUUGUAAUAAUUUUGGAUGUUUAUAAGGGCAUUGCAGUUGUUCUGUUGAUAAUUA